CUCCAAUACAAAUUCACAAGUCUCCAUUUAUGUUAAAGUCAUUACUCGUAUUUCUCUCACUCUUUUGCCAUAAUCCAAUAUGCAGUCAAUCUCUACUGACUACGCUCCCGACAAGUGAUCAGACAAAUAAUAUAGCUCACACCACUACUGCUACUACUACUGAUAAUGGUAAUAAUAAUAAAAAUGUCACCGUUGCUUCGAAUGAUCUGGCGAUAUUCAGUGCAGCCGCUAGACGUUUCAAUACAUUGUCAGACAGUUUAAGCUGGCAUCUAGUAAGCAAUAUUACUGGAGUGAAAAGGCAUAACGAUGGACAAAUGAACUUUGUUAUGCAUUUUGCAGAAACAAACUGUUCGAAAGUGGAAAUGAAACGAUUCAACCCUCGAGAAUGUCAAGUGUUGAAUAAUCCAGCUAGAACAAUAUGUCUGGUCAGGACACACGUUCAACAGAAGCAAAAAGAAAUCAGAAUUAAUGAUUGUAUCAAAGUGGUGGAAAGAAGUUUAGAUUUCACCAAGGAUAUACGUGAUAUUGAUCGUAUGAGUCUGAGAAAUGACUACUGGUCAUCCGUGAUCAUGGAAUCGGUCAAUUCGUUGAAUAUGCAAAAGAGGUUUUCAAAUAUCUUACGAUUGUAUCGUGUGGUGCUCGGUACAGAGAUUAUAGAUGACGACUAUGUUACGGAACUGACUGUUACCUUGAGAUCAACUAAAUGCGACUUGGUGGAUGACUUGAAGGAAUUACGGGCUCUUCGUACAAAUUCAUGUUAUGCUGAAUAUCAGCAACCAACGUUUGCCUGCAGACUACGGGUGUACAGGAAUUCAAAAAAUGGUUUUGUGAGGGCAUCAAACUGGGAAAACUGCCGGAAAAUUACAAGUCAUAUGGCCUUGCCACAUCAAAACAAAUUGGAGAAGUAUCGGUCAAAAGAACUCCUUCUAAAUACAACGCAAUUACGUCGUCCACUUAGAACACACGAACUGGCUGACAAACGCUUUAAAGAUGCAGUUGACAAAUGGUUCAAGGUGUAUGAUUCAGAUGCAAAGAAUGCAACACAUGUGAAAGCACUCUCCUGGAUUGCAAACGCUUAUUCUGACACUGAUGGCAAGUAUACAUUUACGUCUGUUGUGGCAUUCUAUGCUUGUAAUAAUGCAACCGGAGAUAAGAAGAAACAGACAACUAACAGCUGUGAGAAAUCAAAAUCAAAGACACAUUAUCGUUUAUGUGAUGUGGAAGUCACAGAGAAGCUUGAUGUUGCAUAUACCUGUCAACGUGACAUCUUGGAUUCUAAACCAUCAAACGCGGUACUAUUGAUGCCAGGCUCAGAAGAAGAAAAAGGUCUUCAAUAUCGUAGUCUGAUUGAGAGAGAUUUGAAUGCACGAGCAAACCUACCAUAUACUUAUAAAAUAGUUGAGACCAGCCAAUGGACAACAAAUAAUGACAGUUUCAAGUUGAAUGUGUACUUACAGCCGACGAUUUGCAAAAAGGUUACAUGCGACAUCGAUCAGAAUAAGGAUAAACGUAUUCUUUGUGAAGUUGAAUCUUUCCACAAGAAAAAUGAUCGAAGCCGUUUACAGAGUGUCGAAAUUUCCAACUGUCUAAUGAUGGAGAAUCUUAAGCAGGAGUUCGUUGGACACUGGGACACUGUGGAAUAUGAAGAUGUCAAAAAUACAACUUUUGACUAUCUUGUCAAUCAAGCUGUAGAGCUAUUCACUGGCAGUGGACAAGUUUAUCCCAGAGAAGCCAUCCGAGUGAUGAAUGUAAAGAAUAUCAGUGUACAGGUGGGCGAAAAUAAUGUGACAAACUUUAGAAUAUUCUUGAGUUAUCAGCAGAAUCAUUCUGUUGUGAAGCAGAGAUCUCCAGCACCAGAAAUCGAUGGUAUCUACGGAAUGGACUGUUACCCGAAUUGUGCACAAACUAAUAAGACGUGGCAAUGUAGCUUCACAGCUGUUGCAGACAAAUCUCAACAGAAAAUCAAUACAAGCCUGCACGACUGUUAUCAAAUGCUGGAAAUGCCAGAUAGUGAAAAUGUGUCAGAAGAAGUAAAAUCCGCUAGUGAAUCUGAUUUGGAGAUUUCUGACGAUCUAAAGGGGAUAUUUGAAAAGGUUUUAAGAUUGUAUAACAAACGCUCUACCAGUUUAGUCUACGACAAAUUGGUUUCAUACCAGAAUAUGCAAAGACAAAAAGUGUCCAUCGUUUAUCAACAGACUUAUGAUGACAACACUCACACGUAUAAAGCGAAAGGGGAGAAUUUCACAUUCACCGUCCACUUAAAGCCAACUGGAUGCGUAAAAUCGAAGCAUGCAGAUCAGAUAAAACUUGAAAAGUUUGAAGAUUGUGGAGCAGUGACAGAAAAUUACACAGUGAUUUGUCAAGUGACUGCACUGAAAGAAUACGAUGAUGAAGAUGACGAUGACGAUGAGGAGGACUUGUUUAUACGAGUUCGAUUCGAGCAAUGCACUACAGUUUAUAAACGUAAAUGGCAAAUACCUGAAACAUACGAUGAGAUUGUAAAACGAACACUGUCCGUAUUCAAUGCACAGAAUGGACGGCGUCAUUUGUAUUCAAUUAAUACAGUUGAAAAUUUCACAAUGACACCUGAAAGUGAUACAGAACCGAAAACUGUUCGCUUUGAUGUUGUUUUUCAACCAACACACUGUGUGAAGGGUAGACAUGAACGCUUAUUAUAUGAGAAUCCAGAUCACUGUACAAAUCCAGAGGUUACGGAAGUUUUCAAAUGUAAAGCGACUGUCAGUCAAAGUGAUGAUACAAGAAAAUAUUUACUAAACAAUUGUAUGCAAGUACAAAAUAUUCACUUAUCCGGUCCUAUAACGGAAUAUAAUACCUUUGAUUAUACCGGUCAAAUGCCUGAUAUCCAAACAUUAUCUGAACGUGCACUCAAUGCAUACAACAAGUUAGUGGAUAGUAAAAUGAGCUAUGAAAUACUCAGCAUUGAAGACAUUAACUUCAAGUAUGUUGUAGGUGAACAACUUGACUUCGAUGUCAUAUUUAGAUCCAAAGAAGAAAGUGAAUCAUCUAAGAAGGAAAACAAAUCACACUUAGUUCAAUGCCAUGUGCACUGGAGCAAUCGACCUUGGUUAUAUGAACAAGAUCUCAUGAAGUUGGGAGAAUGUGUAAUGAUAGAAAUGGAUGCCGAAAUGCUUCAAACGAAUGUUUGGUUUGAGGAUUUCAAUACAGUCGCACGGUUGCUCAGUGAAGAAAUGGGCGAGUAUGAUUCAUUCAAGCUUGCUUCAAUCCCACACUGGAAUUCCAAUAUAUCUGAUGGCAAACGUCAUAGAAUGAAUGUUGUCCUUGCUAAGACUCCUUACAAAAUUUCAACAAGUCAAGAUGUUGUAGAAGAAGAAAACCACUCGAAACUGUUGGUUGGGGCUGCACUUAACUGUACUGUGGAAAUAUGGGUUAGACCAUGGCUAAACAAUUCAAGACUGGUGAAAAUUGAACACUGUGACGAAUAUGAACACUACCUGAUGGAUAAAAUUUACAUGACGAAACCAGUCAAGAAAAUUGACAUAAACUUGAGUCAAUCACUUCGACGUUAUUUACAUGUUGCUAAAAACAGCCUUAUUAGUUAUACCGAAUUCAUGAAUGAGGCUGUGGAAAAGAAAUUAGCAUUGUACGCUAGAAAAAUGAAUGUCGCAUGAAGUGAAUGUGACAACCCUUCAUCUUAUACCUGGUUACUUGAAACCAACUGUUACAUUCACAGCAACGCAGUGACCAUUGACAAUAAAACCCACUUCACAUUAAAACAUUUUCUUAUUAAUAACCUAAACUCAUCAAUUUUGCCAUAACCAAAUACAAUUGAUUCGAAUGAUUUAAACUUUUUAUGUUGUGUUAUUAUCACGUC